UGACUGUGACAUCUGUAACUGCCACUUAACCACCACGAAAUGGCAGCACAACAAUCUCAAGGAAUCCAGACCCUUCUUGAGGCAGAAAAAGAGGCCGCCAAAAUUGUACAACAAGCUCGUCAAUACCGUGUACAGAAACUCAAGGACGCUCGCUCUGAAGCAUCAAAGGAAAUAGAGGCGUAUAAGAAAGCUAAGGAAGCAGAAUUCAAGGCAUUUGAAGCAUCGCAUGCAGGGACAACGUCGAGUGCCCAGGCAUCAAUAGACAAGGAGACAGACAUAAAGCUCCAAUCUAUCACGGCUUCGUUCAACUCGAACAAGGACCACGUGGUGAAAAAACUGUUAGACAGAGUGGUCCUCGUCAAGCCCGAACUGCACCGCAAUUUGAAGAAGGUAUAGGCGACGCUAUACCCCACCUAGCAUUUUCAUUGUACGCACAUACCACGGGCUGAUUUCCUCGAAAACUAUAAUAUUAUUGAUGAUAAAAUCUGUAAUGCUAUC